AUGACGGCACCUCUCCCCCGCAAGCUCUGGGAGCAUCCUGACCCGGGAUCGACGCAGAUGGCUCAGUUCCGGGGGAGCUGGAGCGACAUUCCACGAUAUCACCGCUCCGCGUUCUGGGAUUUCUGUUGGAAGUUCUUCCCGAUCAUCCACGAGGGCGCUUACGCCCGCGUCGUGGACGAGUCGGCGCGCAUGGACAGCGUGCCAUCCUGGUUUGCCGGGGUGAAGCUCAACUUUGCCGAGAACCUGCUCUUCUCGCGGAGCGCAGGAGAGACGGUGGGUAAGGAGGAUGAUAAGGUUGCCGUCACCGAAGUCCGCGAGGGCGGUUCCUCGAGUGCGGUCCAUCUAACCUGGGGUCAAUUGAGGCAACGAACUGGCGCCCUUGUGCAGGCAAUGAAAGCCAAUGGGGUGCUUCGGGGCGAUCGCGUUAGCGUCUGUUCGGCGAACAGCAUUGAUACGCUGCUGGUGAUGCUGGCGACGACCGCUCUCGGCGCGAUCUUCUCUUCAAGCUCGACCGAUAUGGGCGUGAAGGGCGUGCUGGAUCGAUUAUUGCAGAUUAAGCCUCGGUGGCUGUUCAUGGAUGAUUUUGCGGUAUAUAACGGGAAGAAGAUCGACUUGCGAGGCAAGAUGAGGGACAUUUCUCACGGGAUGGACGCAGUAUCGGAGUUCCAGGGCGUCGUCUCGCUACCCCGAUUCCCCUCGGAGCCGGCUGAUAUCAACAGCAUUCCUCGGGGCUGGACGUUGUCAAGCUUUCUCUCCAAGGCCGGUGGUCGGGAUCGCUUGGAGUUUGAGCGAAUCCAUUUCCGGGACCCCUUUCUCGUGGUGUACUCGUCCGGCACGACGGGCCAGCCCAAGUGCAUUGUCCAUUCGGUGGGAGGGGUGUUGCUGAAUGCCUUCAAGGAGGGCAGUUUGCAUACCGAAUUCGGACCGCAGAGUGUCGCCCUACAGUACACGACGACGGGGUGGAUCAUGUACCUAAGCGCCAUCCAGACCCUGCUCUUUGGAGCCCGAGCGGUCCUCUACGACGGCAGCCCAUUCCUGCCCGACGUGACCUCGUUGGUGACUCUAGCGGCUCAAGAAAGGGUGACCCAUCUGGGUAUUUCCCCGCGGUGGCUGCAGGAGCUGCAGCGAGCGAAGAUCAGGCCCCGCGAGAUGGUCGACCUCAGCGCUCUGAAGGUUGUCACCAGCACCGGCAUGGUCCUGCGGGAUGCUCUUUUCGAGUGGUUCUACGACGAAGGAUUCCCGUCUCACACCCGCCUGAACAACAUCUCGGGUGGCACUGAUAUCGCCGGUUGUUUUGGGAUCGGCAAUCCGCUGACCCCCGUGUAUGUAGGCGGAUGUGCGGGAUGCAGUUUGGGUGUGCCAGUCGAAGUCUACGACUCGACGAUCGAAGGAGGCACCGGCGUCCCAGGCGCUGCCAUCGAAGAGGGCAUGCCGGGAGAACUGGUGGCUACUUCAGCCUUCCCUAACAUGCCCACGCAGUUCUGGGGCGAUGCGGAUGGCAAGAAGUACUUCAAUGCGUAUUUCGCCCGACAGCUUGUUUUCCACGGCCGCGCCGACGGGGUCCUCAAUCCGUCGGGAGUUCGCUUCGGCUCAACAGAAAUCUACCGCGUCAUCGAGGGCCAAUUCUCACAGGAGAUCGCCGAUUCCAUCUGUGUGGGCCAGCGCCGCCCGUCGGAUCCGGACGAGCGCGUCAUGCUCUUCCUGCUAAUGAAGCCUGGGGCCGCCUUCACAGCUGACCUGAGGACGCGCGUAAAGAGCGCGAUCCGGACCGAACUUAGCGCGCGCCAUGUGCCCAUGUUCAUCUUUGAGACGCCCGAGAUCCCCACAACGGUCAACCUGAAGAAAGUGGAGCUCCCAGUAAAGCAGAUUGUGUGCGGCAAACGGAUCCAGCCCUCGGGGACGCUGCUCAACCCGGACAGCCUGGAGUUUUACUACCGAUUCGCCGAGGUGGAGAGGCUUGAGCGCGAGAGUAAGCUCUAA